AUGCCUUUGGGAUGUCAUGCUGUGCUCCAACGACUGCUUCUGUGCGAUCUCACCAUGGUAUGUCAGUCGGCUCUACACCGCAUGAUCUUGUUCAUGCCUCCGAUGGAGAUUCUCAUGGCCCUUCCAACGGUGUGGUACCUAGCUCUCAUAUUCGACCCUUUCGUGGCCAUUGCGUUGGUCUGCGUGCGCUUCUUGCAGUGCGGCUUCCGACUGCACCAAAUGAUGUGGAUGUCCACCUUGCUCCUGGAAUCUCCGGGAUGUCCUGAGUACAUCAUUGCAGAUCUAGCCAGGUGUCCAGCCCUUGACCGAUGCUGUUCCCGACUGCUGAGUCUGCUGUUGACUGUGCUCAAUAUUCUCUGGCUCAUGAUGCUUCUGGAAUCUCCAGUUGAGCCAUUCUUCAAAGUCGUGUUGAUGAUUGGCAACAUCAGCAUGCUCACCUGUGACUUCAUGGUCCUGUCCUACCUGUCCUGGAAACAGCCGCUGACGCUGCCACGGCAAGACGUCGGCAACGUCGGCAUGGCCAUGGCCCAAGCGGCGCGGCCACGACGGCCACGACCUCGGCCACAGAGGAAAGGGGAUCCAACGGUGCCGAUGAUCAUAGAGCUGGAGGCGGAUGAAGCACCUGGCAUUUGCUCCAUUUGUUUGAGCGAUCUUCAGUCAGGAGAUGACGCGCAGCAACUACCAUGCCAGCACGUUUUCCACACCCACUGCAUUCGAGAGUGGCUUCUGCGAAGCAGCUACUGUCCACUCCGCUGUCCUCAGCAGGUUUUGCCGGUGCAGAAAUCCCGCAAUCCUGCUCCAGUGGAGGAGUUUGUGUCAGUUCUGCCCGGGCAAGUCGAACCUUUGGAUGGGUAG